AUGCCACAUCUUAAGGGCCGGCUGUCGAAGACCAGGCUCUUAGGCCAGAGCCACUGGAUGAACAAUAUGGUAGAACAGUUCAAAGACACCCACAGUUCCGGCUUUAGGGUCUUCUUCGACACAAAAUCUGAUUUGUAUACCAUGCUGCAGAGGUGCAAGUGCAUAGCACGAGCUUUGAAAGCCCGUCAGCUGGAAGAUAUCCAAUCGCCGGGGCCGCCAGAUCUCAGAGACUUAGCUUUGUUGAUACCGCCAAAAGAGGUGUCAGAUGAGCUCGUGGGGAAUUACCUGCGAACUUUUGAAUCUGUCUUCCGAAUAUUACAUAUCCCGACUUUUCAGAAGGAGUGCAGCGAUUUCUGGAGUGGCUCAACACCGGCUAAGGAAAUCUUCAUGACCAAGUUUGUACUUACCAUGGCCAUUGGUAGCUGUAUCUAUAACGGCGGCGAUGAGGUGAGGAUGUCUCUACGUAUCGCUGCGGCGUGGGCGAUUCGGAACACCGAUGCUUGGCAAUGCGGAACGGUUAACAAGCAUCGACUGAACCUUGAUACAAUCCAAAUCUACUGCCUAGUCUUGCUAGCUAGGCAGACUAGCGCAGUCGAGUUUGGAGAUGAUCUUGUUUGGAUCUCAGCGGGUUCGUUGCUGCGGACUUCCUUCAUUAUGGGCUUGCAUCGCGAUCCCACUCUAUUCCAGGACUUAAGCUUAUACCAGGUUGAGAUGCGCCGCCGGCUGUGGGCAACAGUGCUCGAACUUGGCGUCCAGUCUAGCUUAGACUCUGGCAUGCCACCCUUGAUUCAUCCUGAGGACUAUGACUGCCGUCCGCCGUCAAAUAUAAAUGACGACGAGAUGGUGCAGGAUGAUUGGGCUACAUCUGCAUUUGCAAGGCCAGAUAGUGCAUUCACCCAGACGUCUUGCCAAAGAAUUUUGCUGCAGUCUUUGCCCACUCGUCUCCAGGUUACCAAAUUACUAAAUGGCGUCGGCACAGCACAGACGUACGACGAGACUUUACGUCUGAGUCAGGAGCUGACAAAGUCCUGCCGCUUCGAGUCUACAUCAUUCGAGCCGGUGACCGAAGCUGGAGUCAAACGCCAACAGAGACCGCAUCCCAGCCCGUUCCAGGAGAUGCUCGUCAACUUACUCACACGCCGUUUCAUUCAUUCACUGCACUCGCCUUUUGCAACCAAGGCUCUAGCAGACGUACGCUUCUACUACUCACGGCGCAUGCAUCUCGAAUCAGCGUUCGAACUUAUCUCGAUCCUAGCCACAGAUUACUCAGAGAAAAGACUAGGAGCAGACGACUUACACACCCUGAAUUUAAUCCAAGUAACGGGUCGUGGGUUCUUCAAGUGCAUACUUCUAGAUUCCGGUCAGACGGUGUGCUUUGAGCUCUUACAACAGCUCCGGGAAAGAUAUUUGCCAUCGGCCUUGGGUAUGCAGAUGACUAUGCCGCAAAGAGAGCUCUACCAGGCUGUAAAGUCCCUCGCUGACGUCGGAUGGAGGCGCCUUGAGGGUGGUGAGACAAGUGUAAAACUGUACAUUUUCUAUUCUGGCGUGCUGGCGCAGGCAGACGCGAUUCUUGCAGGCCGAGAUAACCACGAGUCCAUCUUGGAUGCUACAAGAAGGAGUUUGCAUAAGUGCGAGGAGAUAUUACUAUCUCGGGCAGUUCGAGCCGGUAUCCCAUCCGCUGAAUAUAAACAAUUGAGCAAUGAACAAGGUGCGUCGAGCGGGGGCUCUGACGUUAUUGGCCCGAAUAGACCAAUUGAGCCCGACACUUCGGUUGCUACUCUUAUUGACAUCGACCACUGGGUCGAGUUCUACUUACAGAGCUUGGGGGUGGAUUUUAACGUGGAGUUAUUUUCUGGGGAAGCGAUGGACGGAUGA